UGUACAGCAUGCAGUAUUUUUUGCCAAUCAGCACACAGCCACACUGAUAGUCACAAUAGAAAAUAAAGCCUUUUCAUUUGUUUUAAAUAGUGGUUUUUAUUUGCAAAAAGGCUAGCCCUGCCCUCACAAAUAUGCAUAUUCGAGAGCCAACACUGUUGUCCGUCUAGACAGCUUGCGGUUCGAACUAAUGAUGAGUGUUAUCAGUGCGAAUUGUGCCGAUUUACCAGAGUAGUAUACAAUUUUUUCGUGGGCUACGAAAAAUUUUCCCCGUUCUCGGGACGCAUGAAAAAUGGCGGCUUCCGAAGGGCCAACAAAUCCAAUUCAAACAGAGGCGAUCUCGGAGGAGUGCAAGGAUGACGACGCUAUGACCUCCACGCACCAUACGUGCGCCAACGAUCCCGACUUUGCUGUGAUUUGUGCGUUUUUGCAGAAAUUCGCCAAGGACCUGGGCCUCAACUUGCCGAAUUUCAAAAAUUUGCAGGACUGGUUGACCAACAACGAUGAAGUUACCGAGCUAAAGGACCUGCACAUAAAGCUUUUAAGAAAAACCCGAAAGACGGUUCAUGAGAAGAGCUGGGAGUCGGCCCUUAGCAAAUUUUGCUUUGGCUAUUCUGUCCAGGAUGCCUGGGAGGUGGAACGCUUUGGUUACAAGAACUCGAGUCUCCGGGUUAAGCUACGAAUACUCCGGGAACUUUUGGAAAGCCAGUUCGAGCGAAAUGCCAAAUUCCGCGCCCACAUCCUGACCUUGAAUGCGAAUACCCUGCGAUCAGAGCCCAUUGGGCGAGAUCGAUUGGGGCAUACCUACUGGCUAACGCAGGACGCUGACUGCAACCUGCGCAUCUACCAGGAGCACCUCGACGAAGAGAUCUGGCAGGUGGUGGCCACCAACCGGGAGGAGUUCGUCAAUCUCAUCGCUAGGCUUCGCGGCAACGAGGUGGUGCUGCCGUCCAAGGACAUUGGAGAGGCCGACGAGGAUACCAGCAGUAGCAAUAGUUGCCCGGACAAGCCGCCACCGCCCGAGGAAAGGGAGGAGGAGGAUGAGAACGAAAAGGAGCCGGAAGAACAGCCUGUAAAGGCGAUACCCAACCUGAAAAUCAAACUGCGUUCCCCAGAGCAGGACGAGCAAAAGACCAAAAAGGUCAAGCCACUGCUCAUCAGCCAGGCCAAACUAAGCGGCACUGCCUCCCCCGCUCAAGUCAAAAAACGUUCGGUCGAGGAGGUGGAUAGCAGUCCCACGGCUUCCCAGGAGCAGCACCAGUUGAAAAAGUACCGACCCACACUUCUGGACACAAAGCGCAUCAACAAGCCAAGUCGUUAUGAGAGCUCCAAACACGAAAACGAAGGGGAGUCUGGAGAGGAGGAGGAGGACGAUGAUUCCGAACUGGAUGAGGCCGAGGAGGAGGAGGAAGAGGAUAUUGACAGCGCUGCGGCGGACAUCGAAGAGGACGACGACGAUGAUGAUGAUGAAGAAGUAGGCGAGGCCAUCGAGGAACCAACUGUUGUGGUGCAGGGCCAAGGAUCGGGGAAGGAUUGUGAGGCAGUUCCCACACGCCAAACCUGGGAAGUGCCCUUUUCGUUCGAAUGCGACGAACUCGAUUUUAGUGAAGUCGUGGAAGACCCCGAGGUGCAUGUGAUUGGCCAAGGAAGUGGCCACGACUGCCUGGUGGGAAAUGGAAAGAACGAGGCUGCCGAAGGGGAGACCACCACUGAACAAUCGGAGCCCAAGGCAACCUUCUUCUUCGGCGAGCCAGGGUGCCUGAAGUUGAGCCCAAUUAAGCAGACAUCAAAGCCAGAGGCGAAGCGCAGCAUCUUCGACAGCCUCAGCGAGGAGAAGACAAAUGGAGAAAGCGAGAAGCCCAAAGAGGAGUCAUCGCUGCCCAAUGACCCAAUGAGUCCUAAAGAGUCUUUGCAAGCACCUGCUCCCUCCCGCGAAUCGAACGAAGCGCCUGAAGAAGAAACAAAUACAAAUGAAAGUUCAAAAGAAGAGCUCAAGGAUAAGGAAGAUCUUGUGGAGAAUGAAGUCCAUCAGGAAUAUAAAAUCAAAGUGAUUGAAACAAGCCCUGAAGUUUCAUCCAAACCUGAACUCAAAGAGGCUGUUCAAGAAGCCACAUUUUCUUCAGAAAGUGCAGCAGGUGCUGAACCCAAGGCGGAAGAAGGAGAAACAAGAGAACUGGCUCUUAUCCCUGAUAGAAGCCUCGAGGAAGCAGACUCAAAGGCUAAACCCGCAGAAGAGGCUCCUAUUGAAAACAGCGUGGCUUUAAAGAGCGAUCAUGAACUUGCCCCAGACCAAAAGCGGACGAAAACUGACGCGGAGAGCGAUAGAAGAAGCUCCUAUGACGAUCGGAGUAGUGACUUGACUGCAACUAAAAGUGAAGAACAUGAAGCACAAGCUUCUAUCGCCUCCACAAACCAAACUAAAAGCAAUACUUCCUUGAAGGAAACCAUCCCCACUCCCCCAGAGACUCUAGAAACCGAAAAAGUUGUUCCUGACCCAUCUGUUACCAAAAAAGAGCCUCCCAAAGAGCCGCCCCCCAAUCAGAUACUAGAGGCAAACAAGGACGAUGAGACAAUAAAGAAGAGCAACGCCUCCCCAGAUAUUGAAAGAAUAUCGGACCAAGUACAAAAAGAUUUUCCCAAUCCUGUCAAGAGUCUAAUUUCCAAAGAGAAUGGAAGUGGCACUGCGGAAGAGAGUGGCAUGAAGCCCAAACCCAAUGAUGAAUCAGUACCUAAGCCAACUUCUCCGGCGACAGCUAGUGGGGAUGCCCUUCAGUCGAGAAAUCGCAAGCGACGGCUUAACGAGUGCGACCGCAAUCUCAGAAACUCUACCUCAGAGAGCGAAGUUCUGGAGGAUGAGCAUAAGCAGGCCCAGGAGGAGGAAGCUAACCAGGAUGAUCUGGACGUGGGCGGGAAACGCAUCAAGAUGCGUCCGAAAAUCACGAACGUGGAGUCGAGACGCAAGGUGGAAGCCCAGAAGACCCAGAUCGAGGAGACAACGUCAUCCAGCGGCGAGGAGGAUCCCCGGAGUCGUUAUAAGGUCGCUGCCCCCAAGAGGAACUUGGAGAAGUCUCCGCCCACCAAACAGAAACCCACUCUGGCGGAGAUUAUCGAAAAGAAGCUUAAGAAAACGCCAGAAAAGGCGCCUCCAGAAAACGAGUCUUGCGAGGACAGUUCCAAAAAGGAUGGUGGAGAUGCCCCUCUGCCGACGCCGCUCACGGAAGCUACUCCCCCGCCCACAUCCUUUAGUCCUCCCAAGAAGUCCCCAGUGACCAAGCCUCUGAAGAAGAAUCUCCUAACGCAACUGCGGCAGGAGGAGAGCGAUGAAGAGCCCGUGCCUCGAAAGCGGACCAACAGCGAAACCACUGUGCCUUUGAUCCCAGCUCCGAGUAGCUCACUCGGAAAGUCAGAGGAGAGUUAUCGCAAACGCCGCAGCAGCGACGAAGCCAAGGACUCCGCCUCAAAGGAAUCAUCGCCCAGCGACGUGACUGCCUCCAUUCCGAACGAAAAGCUCAAGCGAAACGAAGAGAAGAGCAUCGACAAUGCCGAGGAAUCUCAGGAGGUGGCAUCCAAAGAGUCUUCGCCUCCUGCCAAGGAAGCAUCCGUGCCUCCUGAAGGAUCAGCGCGCCGAUCUGGUCGUCGCGGAGGAGCCGCCGUUGUAUUUUCCGAACUCCCCCAACCGAAGAGGACAAGGGGUGGCUCGAAGGAGAAGCCUCCGUCUGAGGACAAAGUUAAGGAGGAGUCCGAGGAGGAAGAUCAUCAGGAGAAGCCCUCACCCAAAGCCUUGAAGCCAAAAUCUGAGACUAAACGUAAAUCUUCUGAUGAGGAACCUGCCAAGAAGUCGCCGGUUAAAGAGGAGGCAGUCAAGAAGGAAUCCCUCAAGGAAGAUCCAAUCAAGGAGGAACCUAUCAAGGAUGAACCAAUCAAGGAAGAAACAAUCAAAGAAGAACCAGUCAAGGAGGAACCAAGCCAGGAGGAUCCAGUCAAAGAGGAGCCAAAAGAAGAGCCGAAACCAAAAGUUGGCCGAGGACGUGGUCCGCGAAAGAAGCGUGAGGUGGACACCACUAACAUCAUUGAGGCCAACGACUCCGAGACCCCCGUGCGCCAAUCUCGGCGAAUAGCCCAGCAGAAGAUCAAGGAGGAAGCCGAACGGCGUAAGCUGGAGGAGGUCGCCCUGCGGAGCAUGAAGCAGGAGCUCAAGAAAAAGAAGAAGGCCGAGAAAGAGGCAGAUCCCACUGUGCUGGAGCCGUCGGGCGAGGAGUCCGAGUCCGAGGCCAGUGAAGCCGAGGAGGAGGCUCGCAGUAAGAAGAAGAAGAAGUGUCCCGGAAAGGACGGUUGGUCGUCCGACUCCGAGGAGCAACCCGAGAGCGAAGAGGAGGAGGAGGAGCCGCCUCACUACGAGACUGAUCCCGGGUCGCCGCUCUUCCGUUCGGAUCACGAGUUCUCGCCCGAGUCUGAGCUGGAGGACGAGUCCCAGGUGGUGCCUAUGAAGCGUGCGAGGACUGUGCGCAAGGAGAACGCCGAGGACCAGAGCGAUGAUGCGGAGGAAGCGUGCCAGAAGUGCGGAAAGUCCGACCACCCCGAGUGGAUUCUUCUCUGCGACACUCCGGCCUGCAACAAGGGCUACCACUGCUCCUGCCUUUCGCCGGUCCUCUUCUACAUACCUGAGGGCGACUGGCACUGCCCGCCCUGCCAGCAGGAGCAGCUUAUUGCGGCUCUAGAGCGUGAGCUGCAGCAGUUCGAUUCCAUGGUGGCGCUGAAGGAGCAGGAGCGACUACUUGCCGAGGAGCAGGCCGAACGCGAGCGGCAGGAGCAGGAGGCGUCCACAAAGGCGGCGGCGGAGGACGACUCAAGGGAAGAGGAUGAGGACAACGAGGAUGAGGAGGAGCAGAAGAUGGCCAGCAAGGCGGUCAAGGUGAAGAGGCGUCGAGGAGACGGACGCAGUAAUCGUCGGGCGGCCAAGCGGGGCACCCGGCGAAGACGGGGCAACGACUCCGAUUCGAGUAAUGGAAAGUAUGCCAGCAGUGGUUCCGGAACUGGGUCGGGGUCUGGGAAGCGCUCCGGCUCUAGCAGCGGUAGCAGCAGCAGCUAUUCCGACUCGGACGACGAGCCCAUCUACAAGCUGCGCAAGCGGCGGCAGAUCAACGUGAGCUACCGACUCAACGAAUACGACGACCUGAUUAACUCGGCGCUGAAGAAGGAGAUGGAUGAGGUGGCGGGAGCUGGGAACUUGGGUCGCGGCAAGGACAUCUCCACCAUCAUCGAGGCCGACAAGGAGAAGGCGCGACGGGGAGAGAACUCCUCGGAUGAAAAGAAGCCGGAGAAGGAGGGCGACGAGUCCGAUAAACAAAAGGAUAAGGGCAGCGAGGACGGUGCCAGCAGCUCCGAGGACGAGAUUCUCGUGCAGCGGUCGAAGGUCAAGCAGCCACCGGCUAAGAAGAAAGCCCGGAAACUAACGACUCUGGAUGUGAGCAGCGAGGAGGACAAUGGCAGCGACGAGGACUUCAAGACCUCCAGCUACUCGGAUGAGGACAGCUCGCAGUCUGGAUCUGGGGACUCCGACUCCAGCCUGGAGGUCUACAGGCGUCCUGGCCGAGGGAAGAAGCAAAGGAAGGCGGCUAGAAGAGCGGCACGGGAGAGACGGAAGGACCGGAAGUUCGUUGUGGAAGGAAGCGACGAGAGCGAGGAGGAGGAGCAGCAGCGGAGCACCAAGUCGAAGAAGAAGAAGAAGGAGGACUCUGACUACACGGAGACUGAAACGGAGGACGACGAAAACGGGUCGGAGCUCUCCGAGAACAUGGACAGUGCUGACUUGUGCGACGACACCACCUCCGACAGUGAGGACGGUGCCUGGCGUCCCUCCUCCAAGCGCAAGAAGGCAAGCGGCGCCAAGAAGUCCAAUGCGAGCGGCAUUGCCCGGAAGUCGCCCAAGCUGAAGAAACCCUUUACCCAGACAGCCAAGAAGGCCAAGCGCUUGGAGUACUCCGACGACGAUAUUAGCGAAAGUGAGCCGGAAGAGGAGGACGACGAUGGCGAGGAGGACGCCCCGUUGUCGGGAAAAGGCUCUGGCAAGCAGCCGCGUUCCCAGCCUCUGAAACCCGCUGGAUCUGCCUCGCAGUCCGGCAAGGGGAAAACCAAACCAAAGCCCAAGAAGAAGAAGCCACCGUCCUCCAACGAUGACGAGGAAGGUGCCGCUUCCGAUGAUCGGACUCGCACCCGCGGAAGACGAUACGCUUAUAUUGAAGAGGAUGACGACAGCUCCGAUGGAGGCAUCAAGCCUGGCGUCCACAGGCCAGACACUCCGCCCGAGGAGCGGCAGAAGUUCAUCCAGCGGCAGGAGGAAAUAAAACGCAUGCUGGCCGAAAAGAAUGCCGAAGGAGCCAAGCUCGCGGCCACACCGCGUCUCACGCCCAUCAAAGGAGCUUCGGGUGCUGGGGGAUCCGAGAAGCGGACACCCGUUAAGGCAGCUGGUGGCGGAGAUUCUCUGUCCACAGUUCCCCUAUCGGUUAUUCGGCAGGCCAAGGUGCUGGACAUUGAUUACCUGCAGCGCAAGGGCGAGACCAUCGGCGAUCUGGAGGACGUGGACGAGUCAGAGCUAGAUGACGCCGAACUACCUGACGACCUACCUGAGGACAUGGAAGACGCCAUUGCGCGUAUGGUAGAGGAGGAGGAACAGUUUAGCGCGGCAGUGGCCGCCAGGGAAUUGCCCGGAGCGGAGGAGGUCCUGCGGACUACACCUUCAAAGGCAAAGCAGGCUGCUAAGAGCGCUCCAGAGGCUGCGCCUGUGGCUCCGGUUCCUGCUGCAGGGCCUGCUCCUGCUCCGGCUCCAGUGCCCAGUGCUUCUGGACUCCAGGAGCCUCUGCGGAAGCGUCUGCCCAUGCCCACAAUGCAUCCGCCGCUACUGAGACAUCCGUUUCCGCACUCCGGUGGCCAAGGUCCGCCUCAUUCGCUACUUCCACCCCAGUCGAUGCACGGGAUGCACCCAAUGCUGCAGCGCCACCUGGCCCAAGCCGUGCCGCCACCGCAGACCAUGCAGCUACUUCAGAACGCCCUCUCAGCCCCCCUGGGCCAGCCGAUCAGCAGAGCCAACUAUCCUCCUGCACCGCCGUCUUCUCAACACUUGCCCCUAGUCAUGUCCAUGCCCUCGGCUGCAGCGGCGGCGGCCCACAUUAUGCAAUCUGUCGCCGCAGCCUCGGCCCGCCCCCCAGAUUCUGCAGCUGGUAAUCCUUCCUCCGAUUCAAAACCACGUGGUAGGCGGAAAAAGGUGACUCCCCUCCGAGACCAACUGCAGAAGCAACAGGCGGCGGCCGCCAUGACUGCGGCUACGACUUCGGUUGCUCCAGGAUCAGGAGCAGUGCCGCCUGCACCAAAGACCAAGGGCCAACCGCUCUUCAAGCUUCAUGAGGAAGCCAACGCCAGCGCUCCACCUAGUGAGGCUCCAGUGAUUCCGCGGAUGCCACCACACCUUCCACCGCACCAUGGCCGGCCGCAUGGACACGGCCCACCUGCAGGCAUGUUUCCCACCACCACGGACUUGGCGAGGUUCUAUGGACAGCCGCCGAUUCCGCCCACUGCUGGGUCCCGUUCUCCUUCGUCGUCGCCAGGCCCGCCGCGACACCUACUGCGGCCGCCGAUGCCCCCUGGUCUGCCUCCAAGCCACUCCACUCUGCGCCCCACGUACGGACCUCCUCCGCCGCUGCGGGGUUCAGUGCCACCCACGUCCACGGCUAGUGUAGGCUCGCAGAAUCCACGGGCCCCGUUCCUUCAUGGUCCGGAGCAUCACGGUGGCCCGCCUGGGCCAUCCAUGGCUUCACCCUACGGCGCUGGACCACCGCCCGCGCGACAUGCCUCGCCUCAUUUGAAUCCCUACAGACCACCCCCCACCAUCUAUGGUAAUCCAAAUUUCCCACCCCGUGUAAAUGGACCUCCAGGUGUUGGGAGUUUGCGACCCGGAUCCGUGGACUAUGCCGCCGGACCACGUGCAUAUCCUCCAUAUGGCUAUUACCCUCCUCCCCCUCCACUGACCACCACAUCGGCUCAUGCUGCACCAAGCUCAGUAAUCGUGAGUGCUCCGCCUUCAUCCACGCCUACAAACCAUUCGGUGUCUGCUCUGACGAGGGAUAAGUCCCCAGCGGCAGGACCUCCGACGCAGCCCCCAGCUCCCUCUCCCGAAGUAGCCCCUGCUCCCACGAUCCCCGUCGAGGGCAGCACUCUCAAGCCGACUUCGGUAAUAACGAGCAAAAAGCUGACCACCCUGGAGGCAUAUACCAUCCAGAAAUCUCCGAUGGCUGUGCCGGGAGCCACCAAUUCACCGGCAGCCAUUGCCGAGGAGGACUCUGGGUCGCCGCGUGAGGCCGGAACCCUAGCCCCUGGCCCUGGUGCGCCAGCUGUGGGAGAGUUCAGCGGAUUGGUGAGCUACUUCAGCUCCCAGCAGGACGACUAUGACACAUAACUAACAUCGCCGGGCGCAUAGAGAUCUGUAAAUAAUGUUGCUCAUGCAUCUAGGAUCGGGCGGAUUCAUUUCUACUUCUAAUUUUCUAAUUUUUAAAACUCACCAAAACUAUCCGAUCUACUCGAAAACUUUUAAAAAGUUUAUUUUCUAAUCGGAUAUUCACUUUAGAUAUAUUUUUGAACAAGAAAGCAGAUAACUUAUUAAAAAUUAACCUGACAAAGCAGCUUCUAUUUGAGGUUUUGGGGACUCCCAUUCAAGAAUAAAUACUAACUUUAUUUAACUUUUAAAUUUUAUUUGAAAAUAAAUCGAACCGCCCUUUUUGAAAAAGAUGUUUACACAGGAGAGUGUGUAUCUGCAUGGAAUGUAACUAUGGUAUGCUUUAGGCCACUUAUCGGAAAUUCAUUCCCAAACGCAAUCUAUAAAGUGCAUAUAAAGUGUUGAAUUGAUUCUCAUUUUACGAAUUAUCUGAUUUUGAUUUCUAAUAAUAUUCAGAGCUAGCUAUAUAUAAACAAUUAUAAAAUUAUGUUAAUUUUAAGCGCCUUUGUCUUAUGUGUCUACUUUUUUUAUUUAUAUGAUUUUCUUUAGCUAAAGCAAAACAUCAACUACUUGUAGUAUUCUAAUUUUAGAUGUAAAUUGUACAAGCUCUAACGAAAUACGCAUAAGUUAUCUAUGAUACAUACCAUUAAAACUUAACAAGCAUAACAAGAAAUCUUGUGCAUAAUCCACACUACAGGUAACGAAGAACAAACUACUACAUUCAAGGCAGCGGCAGAUUGCUUUAGCAUGUAUACUUAUGAUUAAAUUAAUUAACUAAACAACUUAAGCAAUUAACACGGAAUGCUGCGCAUCAUAUAACAGAUAAACCUACCUAAUCAUUGCAAAACUGCAAACGGUAUUCUGAUAAUGAGAGAAAACAAUAAAAUCAUUUAUCAUUAGUUGAAAAAAUC